UGUUUUAUAAUUUUUGGAUUUUUUUUUAACCCUGUUAUUUUUACAAUGGGUUCUUCAAUGGAAGCAGCAGACAUUGUGGUUGUGGCACUUUACUUUGUUGUUGUAAUGUGUAUUGGCUUCUUUGCCAUGUGGAAGUCUAACCGGAGUACUGUGAGUGGGUAUUUCCUAGCAGGACGUAACAUGAGUUGGUUUGUUAUUGGAGCAUCUUUGUUUGUCAGUAACAUUGGCAGCGAACACUUCAUUGGUCUAGCAGGAUCUGGAGCAGCAAGUGGCUUUGCAGUAGGGGCCUGGGAAUUUAAUGCACUGUUACUACUUCAGGUUUUGGGAUGGAUCUUUAUUCCUGUUUACAUUCGGUCAGGCGUCUUCACCAUGCCAGAGUACCUCGCUAAACGUUUUGGAGGGAAUCGAAUUAAAGUCUAUUUUGCUGCUCUCUCCUUAUUGCUCUAUAUAUUCACAAAGCUUUCUGUGGACCUAUAUUCUGGAGCUCUCUUUAUACAGGAAUCCUUGGGAUGGAAUCUUUACCUCUCGGUGAUUUUGCUUAUUGGAAUGACUGCUUUGCUUACUGUCACAGGAGGACUAGUGGCUGUUAUUUACACGGAUACACUACAAGCUUUUCUCAUGAUAGUAGGUGCUUUGACACUAAUGGUAAUCAGCCUGGUGGAGGUAGGGGGAUUGGAAGGAGUGAAGAAAAGGUACAUGCAAGCUACUCCAAAUGUGACUGCAGUUUUGGAUACAUAUAACCUAACAUAUACCAACAUAUGUCGCAUCAAUCCAAAGCCAGACUCUCUUAAAAUGCUCCGUGAACCUACUGAUGAGGAAAUACCAUGGCCUGGAUUUCUUCUUGGCCAGACUCCAGCAUCUGUCUGGUACUGGUGUGCCGACCAGGUUAUUGUCCAAAGGGUGCUGGCUGCCAAAAACCUUGCACAUGCAAAAGGAUCCACUUUGAUGGCUGGUUUUCUAAAGAUGUUACCAAUGUUCAUAAUUGUUGUUCCUGGGAUGAUCUCUAGAAUACUAUAUGCAGACGAACUUGUGUGCAUCAAUCCAGAACAUUGUAUGAAAGUGUGUGGUAGUCGUGCAGGCUGCUCCAACAUUGCUUACCCCCGCCUUGUGAUGAACCUUCUUCCUGUAGGUCUCCGUGGUUUAAUGAUGGCAGUCAUGAUUGCAGCCUUAAUGAGUGACUUGGACUCCAUAUUUAACAGUGCCAGCACAAUCUUCACACUGGAUAUCUACAAAAUGUUAAGAAAAACUGCUGCUUCUAGGGAACUGAUGGUUGUUGGGCGGCUCUUUGUUGUCUUCAUGGUCGUGGUUAGCAUUGCAUGGGUUCCUGUCAUUGUGGAGAUGCAAGGUGGACAGAUGUAUCUCUAUAUCCAAGAAGUGGCAGACUACCUCACACCACCAGUUGCAGCCCUAUUCUUGCUGGGUGUUUUCUGGAAGCGCUGCAAUGAGACAGGUGCCUUUUUUGGUGGCAUGGCAGGCUUCCUUUUGGGAGGCACACGGUUAAUUUUUGCGUUUAUUUACAGAGCUCCUGAUUGUGACCAGCCAGACAAUCGACCAGCUUUUAUUAAAAAUGUUCACUAUAUGUACAUAGCUGCAAGCCUGUUCUGGAUAACUGGUAUUGUAGCAGUGAUUGUCAGUCUUCUCACCCCACCUCCGACAAAAGAACAAACUUUACACACCUUUGUCUGGGGUAGACAAAAAGGAGCCGAACAUCCUAUUCCAAAAGAGGAGGUUUGUUCUUUGUCUGGGAUCAGUGAAUCACAGUGUAAUGGAAAUAAUGAACAUAAAGAAUUGCCAAAUGGUUUCAACAAGGAAUUAGUGCUGGAUGGUCAAGAGAUGUCGUCGUUGGCAAGUCCAGAUUCUCCAACUUCUAUAACUGUUACUUCAAACCUCUCUGAGCAGACCCCUGUGGACCAUUAUGGAAAUGGACAGGCUGUUCUAUUAUCACAAAAUUCAAUUAAGGUCACAGAGCCUAAAAAUGUCAGCAAGUGCUGGUGUCUGAUUGAUUGGUUUUGUGGAUUCAAGGAACAUUCAAAGACUCCUUACAAGGAUCCAGCAGAAGAGGAAAUUCAGAGACUUGAAAUGCUGCAUGAGCCUCCCAAAAUCAAACUUUUACUAAAUGUAUUUCUCUUAAUUGUCUGCUGUUUGGGAGUCUUCAUGUUUUUAUAUUUUUCUUUGUAACCAUACUGGUUGGACUGAAAGGCAAAAUAAUGCCAUGUUUCUAGUUGGUUUUAUAUUUUCCAAAAUUUUUAAGUUCAAAUUAUGCUUAUGUUUAAGAAUGAAGAUUUUUACAUUGUAUUUAAAAUAUUUCAUUUAAUUAUGUGCUUCAUAUGUCUUUCAUGUUCUGUCUAUAUGCUAUGCCUUUGUCACUGUGCAAAGGGAGGAAAAGAGAUUUAGUGAAUGGAAACUAUGGGAGUUGUUAUAAAUAUGUAGACCACUGGAUUUUCUUCGGAAAAUAUUUGCAUCUUGCACUAAAUUGUAUUAAAGGUGGAAACACACUUAGAUAAGACAAAUCGCACCUAACUUGGGCACUUUUUUCUCUCCUCGUAUAAAUGUGACAUUAGUUCUUCUGUUAUAUUUUGUAUAGUGCUUAGCCUUUUAGUUCUUCUCAAACCCAGUUAGCUCUUGCACUUUUUGUGUGUUCCUUUGUAGAAGCCAGUUUUGUCCUUAUAUGAAAUUGUAUAGCAUAAGGCAAGAAGCAAUUUUAUGUGAUGGUUUACCACAUUAGGUAGUAACUUAGAGGAUCUGUUCCAGAAAUCGGGCUUAAUGUGAAAUCUGUCAGCAUUCAUGGAAAUCGGGCUAAUUCCAUUCCAGAAAAUGUUGAUUUGGCUAAACUCAUGUUUCUGGAACAGAUUAAGCCAGUAUUGCGUGAUCUGUGAGACCAAAGAUGGAGAACUUGCUAAUUCUGCUUUUUGUAAUGCCUCAGGAUUUGCCUGUUCCAAAAAAAGAUUUGUGAAAUCCAGUACAGUUACAGGGACAGCCAGUGCUCAGAAAGUAACCUGUGAAUAGCAGGCUGGUGAAAAUGUGGUGCCCCUUCCUGAUUGAACAAUUGACAGAAUUCUGGCCACAUAACGAAUUGGAGCAUGCUUAGACAGUUGCCUGCAUGAGCGUUACUGUUUUACAUCCAAGGAUUUCAUUUAUUUGAGCAACCUUCUAAAUCAUGACUUGUUCAGUGUCACAAAUUGUGAGUUUUAGCUGAUGUUGAUACAAAUCAUGGACAUGUCCUGAAUUUUUUUUGUAUUUUCCUUCACAAUAUUUAAGAUACCACAAAUUGGCAAAGCAAUCACAGAAGUGUGACUGACUUUAAAGCAACAUCUGCACGCACACAUGUACGGAUGGUCUUCCUGAAACCGAAGUAAUCGCCAUCAAAAAGGAAUUCCACAGAGACAGGUUGGGAAAACAGCUUUAAAUAUCUGCCACUCUUUUGAUCAAUAACAACUGAUCGAUACACUGGUGGAACAAACUGCCCACCUUUCUUUGGAGUCAGUUGCCUCUUAAAAAAGCAUUUCUGAAGACUUGUCAAAAGUUGCAUUGCACUGAACAUGUCUUAGAAAAGGAAUAAAUAGUAAAUAUUAUUUGUAAACCAACUACACUUUCUGUUAAU